UCCGUCGGAUUUUGUUAUUCUUGAAAUUAUGGAUUGCGAGUUAUCGGAAAAUGACCUUGUUGAUGCGGCAGCUUUAGCGGCCUUAGACGACUUGGUCUUUGAAGAUGAGGCAAUGGUUUUGUCGCAUGAAGACAUUAUUGAUGCUGCCGAGUUAGCCGGUAUGAAUGACUGGGUGUUCGGUGUGGCUCAAGUAGGAGGUGGUGGCGGUAUCCCUCAGGAUUUUUGAGUGGUUGAACAUGUUGCUGUCGAGGCCAAAGGGCACCGUUUUUCAAAGACUCACAACAUGCGUUUCAAGUGGUUUAUGGUUAGCGUGCAUGAUUUGGACGCCAUCAGUUUUAUUGAAGCACCUGCUGUAAUAGUGGCUGUGUUGGAUUACAUCCUUGCUACUGUUCUGGAGGGAAUCGCUGAUCACCAGUAUGUUCGUGUAUCAGUGGAGUCGGCCCAUUUGUCCUUUCCUAUCUGGACGCCUCCGACCUUACGAUCACAGCUGACCGUGCAGCGUUGGAUGGCGGAAAUAUCGAAGGUCCUCAAUUCGCAUCAAGAGUUGGUCAUCGAUGAUUCGUUUGCGGUUUCCAUGGAGCAUACGGAGAUUCCUUCUGGUCGAUGUGUGCAGGACGUCCCGUUGUUAUUUCACCAGAAGCUGAAGAAGAUGAGGUCGGUCAUCUUGAUCAACAACGACGACGAGAUUUGUAUGGCCCGCGCGCUGGUAAUCGGUAAAGCUUUUGCGGACGGCCGGGAGGAUUAUGCCAAACAUAUUGCCAAGGGAAAAAGGGAAAUCCUCGCACUGUCCAAGGACCUUAUUGAAGACGCUGGCUUACCCAUCCGAGAAUACACGCUCGCCGACGUUGCGGCCUUCGAAAAGGUACUCCCUGGAUACCAAAUUGUGGUUGUCAGCACCAUGCAAGCUAAUAGUAUCGUCUACAGUGGAAAACGCGAGAAAAAACAUAUUUGUCUGUUGUUCCAUAAUCGGCAUUUUGACGUGUUGACAUCAAUGACGGCAUUCUUCAAUCGUGGCUAUUAGUGUUUUGAAUGCAACAAAGGCUACAACGACCGAAGAAGCCAUCGUUGCACUGGGCAGUGCAAUCAGUGUUUGCGUCCGAGUUGUCCAAUGGACACUUCCAAUAUGCUCUCCUACACUGAUUGUAAAGUUUUAUGGACAGUCUUGUUUUGACCACCAUAAGUUGGGCCCCAGCACGGAGAUGUUAUUUCGCAAUCGGCGAAGCAUCUGCAGUACCGUGAAAAUGUGCGACCAGUGCGGAUCUGUUUAUUCUCUGAUGAGACGACAACCAGGAGCGAGUCACUUGUGUGGAGAGAUGUUCUGCAAGACCUGUCGAGAACACGUCGUAGGGGACCAUCGCUGUUAUAUGAAGCCACAGAAAUUGGGCCCGUUCCAGAAGAUGCAGUACUCCGAUGCUCAGUUCUUAUUUUUCGACUUCGAGACUUACGUUGCUGAGGCCGGGCGGCUGUACCCAAAUCUUGCAGUGAUGCAAAAUGACGAUGGCGAAGAGUGGAUAUUUCCCAGAGAGAAUGAACCGCUUUGCGACAUCACUGAUCAGCUGUGCCGAUUUCUGUUCAGCGACGACCACCGUGAUCAUUACAUUAUUGCCCAUAAUUUUCAAGCAUUCGACGGGUAUUUCAUCAUGAACUGGCUUCUGACCAACGGUAUUGUUCCCCGAGUGAUUAUGAACGGCGGCAAGAUAAUGCAACUAGAUGUACCGCAGCUCAACAUUCGCUUUCGGGACAGCAUUAAUUUCAACCCGCAAAGCCUGUCCAAAUGGCCCGCCACGUUCGGCAUUGCAGAUACCGCUAAAGGCCUUUUCCCACACCGUUUUAAUCGCCCCGAAAACUGGGACCAAGUGACGGAGUUCCCUUCCAUGGAGGAGUACGGGUACCGGUUUAUGAACAAGAAGGACCGGGAAUCUUUCAAGAUAUGGUACGAAGAUGAAGUUGCUGCCAAAGAGAACACCUUUGACUUCCGCAAAGAGUUUGUCAGCUACUGCAGUAACGACGUAACUGUGCUUCGUAAGUGUUGCCUGCAGUUCCGCAGUCUCUUUUUGGGCAUCAGCAACGGAAUCUGUCCAUUUUCGUCGUCCAUAACCAUUGCUGGAUUAUGCGGUUUGUAUUGGCGUACAAAUAUCCUCAAGGCUAACCAGAUCGGUUUGAUUCCACCACAAGGAUACCACUCCAACAGAAACCAGUCCGCCAAGGCACUGAAGUGGCUGCAGUGGAUGGAGCUGGAAGAGAACUGUCCUAUCCAGACCAGAGCCUCAGGAGCAGAAUUCAAAAUUGGACAGUAUUUUGUGGAUGGGUACUCGGCCUCUACCGGUAAAGUUUUUGAAUUUCACGGUUGCUGGGACCAUGGAUGCCCUGAAUGCACUGCUCCGGAUACGUUCCACCCUUUCCGAAACCUGCCCAUGAGCAAGAUUUAUGAAGAAACCAUCCAACGGGAUGCUCGUAUUCGUAGCAUGGGCCAUGAACUUUGCGUGAUUUGGGAGCACGAGUUCGACAGUCUUGUGAAACAGGAGCCGUUUUUUGCAGCCUUUAUUGAAGAGAUCACUGUACGGCAGCCCAUUAAUCCCCGGGAUGCGUUUUAUGGCGGUCGCACGAAUGCCACCAAGCUUUUUCAUAGCGUGAAGGACGACGAAAAGAUUCGUUACUUUGAUGUCUGCAGCGAAUACCCCUACGUUAAUAAGAACAAGCGCUACCCCAUCGGACAUCCGACCAUCAUCAAUAAGGAUUUUGAUGGGAUUGCCAAUUACUUUGGGAUAAUUCAGUGUGAAGUACUGCCACCGUCAGAUCUCUAUCUUUCCGUCUUGCCAUACCGAUCCAACGGGAAGUUGGUCUUUUCUUUAUGCCGCACUUGCGCCCAAGAAAAGCAGAACGCACCAUGUACACACGCGAACGAUGAACGGGUACUCAUUGGAACUUGGUGUUUGCCGGAGUUACACGCUGCAAUUGACCGCGGUUACGUCGUGAUAAAGAUAUUUGAAGUUUGGCAUUUCGAACAGUCCGAAGAGCGAUUGUUCGCGGACUACAUUGAUCGUUUUCUCAAGAUCAAAACCGAAGCGAGUGGAUGGCCAGCGGAUGUCGCUAGCGACCUGGAAAAAGACCAGUAUCUGCGGGAUUUCCAUGAACACGAAGGGAUCGAACUGGAGCGCGACAAGAUAGAAGCCAAUCCAGGGAUGAGAGCACUGGCAAAGCUCUGUUUGAAUAGCUUCUGGGGCCGUUUGGGCAUGCAGGACAACAAACCAAACACCAAGUAUAUUUCUUCGCCGGAGGAAUUUUACCGAAUGCUUCUUUCUGGAGAGUAUCAUAUACACUCGUGGGACCUGUUCAGUGACGAUGUGCUCCAACUAUCAUACACCAGGGAAAGCCUGUUCGUCGAGCAGAACCCACACGCCAACGUAGUUUUAGCUGCGUUUACGACCUGCUGGGCACGCUUUCACUUGUAUGGUUACAUGGAACGAGUGCAGGACACGUUAUUGUAUUUCGACACUGAUUCCAUAAUUUUUGUGGACAGACCAGGAAUUUCCGUUCCUCCGACGGGCAAGUUUCUCGGCGACUUGACGGACGAAUUACAAGCUGGGCAGUUCAUCACCCAGUUCGUCAGCCUUGGCCCGAAGACGUACUCUUACAAGACCAACGACGGAAAAAGUGAAAGAUCGAGGUUUUUCAACCGAUCACCGCGAGCGUCACCCAACUAAAAUUGUCUAUCGACACGAGCACAGAGUGUCGAUCGAAGCUGCGGCAGUUCGUCACGUUCAUCUACACGAAAAAAUUCCCACAACUACCGAAAGAAAACACGGAAGAAGCCUCGGAAGCCGUCGAACUGAUUCCGAUCAAUCGAUGGGUCAAUGAGUUCCUCAUUUGCUCGGAGGUGCCUCCGUUGCUGGUCAGUUGCAACGGAACAGCGACGACGUUUUCUUAUGAUAACACGACGAUUAUUGACGCGACGGAGCUGUUUUUCCAAUCGGACAACAGUCUUCGCUGUCGGAAGAUCGCCAGCACCAUACACCGUCAUAUUUUAUCCCCGCGCAACACGGUCGUCGAGAGCGGGGUUUCUGCAGACUGGGAGCGGGACGCCGUAGUAGCGGCGUGCCAGAAAGGUCAAGUGGUCGUGUCCGAUGGAAACCCAGAGCAGGCGGUCUUCGCCAAUCUUCGCUACUAUUCCGCGCCCAAUCAGCUGUGCCGGGACGCGUUUAACCGUUUCGCUAAAUACCUGUGGUCAUCACUGGCUUAAACGAAUCAGUUUCCAUUAUUUAGUGUUGUGCAUUCCUGCGCUUUUGUAUUCGCCGUAAAUGAAUUUCCUUUAUGGUCGUCACAGAGUUCGUUAACAAAAAACCGCUUGAGCACGUACAGCUGCUAAAAAAUGUUGACAUGUCCGACACCGACA